GAAUGAGGGAGGCGACGUGGCUAGUCGGUUGGCUCGCACGAACGAAGAAUCAAGCUCUCCCGUCUACCUCGAGUCUGCUGCCUCGAACAAACUCCGCAUUAUCUACAAGUCUAGACAUCCGUGGGUCUGCCUGCUCUCUCUCUCUUGCUCUGUUUGGGAGGAACGACGGCAAGAGAAUGGGCAAACGCGACAAGAGGGUUUGAGGGGGUUGAAAAACGACGGGAUCGGAGAAGGGAUGGGAGCUUUGGGAAGGUGCAGAGAGAAACGUCUGUGCUGCGGGGGAUACCAACGUUCGAGAAGGGUGAACGCGCCCGAGUUGAAUACGCGUCGCUUAUUUAUCAUCGCUACUUUAGUCAUCGAACGCCAGUCGAGCUCGGACUCGUAUUUUCUUUUCUUUUUCUCUCAUCCAAUGAGCGAAACUGUGAAAAACGAGAAAAAACGGGAUAAGGAGACCUCAGAAGAGGUGAAAAAACCCUCGAGAAUCGGGCAAGCGAAACACGUCGAUUUUGCAAAAGGGCUCGUCACUCUUGACAAUAUACGAAAAGAGAUAAACACUCGUGAGAGAAAAUUGGAGAAGAUUCGAGCCGAUAAAUACGAUUAUCUGAGGGGAGAUUUCAUAAAAAAGAUUCUCGCGGAGGAGUGCGCGAUAGCUGGAAUCCCGGUUGAUACAUUCGAGGCGAAACCACCAGUAAAUUUGGAUACGUUAUCACCGAUACCUCUGAAAGCAUCGCCAAUGCCUGUACCAAAAACGAGUUCAGCUAUAGUUGGCUGGCGAUCUUCUCGGCGAGAACAUAACUUGGAAUUCGUUGGUCCAUUUUACGUAGCUCCGAAACACACGAUCGAGCCUCCCAUGAUUCCAGGAGAGUUCCGAGUCACCAAUCAGAAAUUCAUCUUUCUUGGAUAAAGGGCGGCGGCAAUUUUUCCGUGAGCGAAAUUGGAUUAACCUCGACUGCGACCAUCUCCUCGUCGUUCAACCAUUCGAGGUGCACCAAAUGCUGA